UCCGCUCGUUCUACAAACUUCAAUCAUUUCACACGUGCUGCCCACCCUUUCCACGCCGGAAAAUCCUCCGCCCCCUCUCUCUCUCUCUCUCUAAGCUGAAAAAACCGUCCUUCCCCGGACUCCAAACCCUAGGAUCUAAUUUUCUCUCACUUUCUCGUCAACCAAACACCAAUUUUCCGACCCAAGAAUUUAAAUGAGCUUGAAUCAAGCUCUUCACACUCUCCAGUUUCAAUUAAGUUAAAAUUUGGGUUUUUUUUUUCUGUAUAUUUUUUAUAUUUGGGUUUGAGAUGGGGGCAGUGACGUCAUCAAUGGCGGCCAAGUUCGCGUUUUUUCCGCCGAGCCCGCCGUCGUACGGGGUGGAGAAGGAGGAGGAUAGUGGGAAGCUGAAGAUGACCGGGGUGGGGACUAGGGAAAACGUCGACGUCUUGAAGCUGAGGACCAAGAGAGGGAACGACGUCGUGGCGGUGUACAUAAGGAAUCCGUCGGCGAAGCUUACUGUUCUGCACUCGCAUGGGAACGCGGCUGAUCUGGGUCAGAUGUACGAGUUGUUCAGUGAGCUGAGUCUUCACCUCCGAGUCAACUUGUUGGGGUAUGAUUAUUCGGGCUACGGACAGUCCACUGGGAAGCCAAGUGAGCAAAACACUUAUGCAGACGUAGAAGCUGCAUAUAGAUGCCUUGUGGAGAGGUACGGUGCGAAGGAGGAGGAUAUUAUUUUAUAUGGGCAAUCAGUUGGUAGUGGGCCUACUCUCGAUUUAGCAACCCGGUUACCAAGAUUGAGGGCAGUGGUUCUUCACAGUCCGAUCAUGUCUGGUCUUCGUGUCAUGUAUCCAGUGAAGCGAACAUAUUGGUUUGACAUUUAUAAGAACAUUGACAAAAUACCCUUGGUCAGUUGUCCCGUUCUGGUGAUUCAUGGGACGGCUGAUGAUGUUGUGGAUUGGUCUCAUGGCAAGCAGCUUUGGGAUAAUUGUAAGGAGAAGUAUGAGCCAUUAUGGAUAAAAGGAGGUAAUCAUUGUGACUUGGAGCUCUACCCACAGUACAUAAAGCAUGUCAAAAAGUUCGUAUCGACCAUUGAGAAAUAUCCACAUCUGAGGAAUAAAUCAGGGCCAGUUACAGGUCAACCAGAAAAUCCGCGGAAAAGCACUGACAUCAGGGAGAAAUCUUGUUCCAGCACAGAUCACAAAGAGAAUUGUAGACCAAGUACCGAUCAUAUAGAAAACCCCAGGUUAAGUACAGAUCGUAGAGAGAGGUCAAGGGCCAGCACUGAUAAGAGAGAGAGAACAAGAAAGAGUAUGGACCAACCUGAAAAAGCAAGUAAUAGCGUAGAUCAGCCAGAGAGAGCAAGAAAUAGCAUUGACCGCUUCGGCGAGAUGUUCAGAUCAGUUGGAUUGUGCAAUAUUGAUUGUUUUAAGCCCACAGCUACCAGUGCGUGAAGAGAUUGGAUCAGUUCACAAAUGGAAAUCUGCCUUCUACCCCGCUUCUAUUUAUUUGAUUGGUUUAAUUGGGUCGUUUGGGUGAUACGAAAAAUGUCCGUAGGAUGAGAACCAGCUACGUAGAGAAAUUCAAGUAUUGUAUACGUCACUAGUGCAAAUCCAAGAAAGAUGUACGGUCUAAUGGUUAUUUACACAUGGGCGGGGUUUAGGUGAUAGGAUGUCAUUGUUUCUCAUUCUUAAAGAGGAAGAACAAGAAAUUUGUUAGACCAGGCAACUUUUGUAUCUCACUUAAUUCUCCAGCUUAAUAAAUCUAACCUCUCUCUCUCUCUCU